CUCGGGAACGAGACAAUAGCAACGUUGUAACCGAACAUAAAAUGUUGCAAGAUAAGUUCAAAAUAGUAUCUCCUGAAACAUUAGCCCUGUGUGUGAGAGAGAUAUGAAGAUUUUAUGUAUUUUUCUUUCCCCAGGAAAAAAAAGGGCCAGUGAAUAAGAAUAAGCGCAUGCGUUUGUAGUGAGGGGGGUUGGAGGGAGAUGAGGGGAAGUCAAACCCGGCCGCCUGGAUCGCGGAGCGGGCACCGACUGUACCGCCUCGCCGCCAAGGGGACUGACACCACGGCAGCUUUCCGCAUUUCAGCGGAAACCCAGGAGAGUGGGCUGGGAGGAGAUUUUAUUUUUUAGUAAAAAAAACAAGAAAAUAAAGGUGUGAAGGGAGCUGUUGAGCCAAGGCCUCUUCACCCCUCCCCUUUAUUUUUUAUCCCCCCCCCCCUCCCUUGUCUUCAUCCAAGCCUUCCUCCUUGGAACCGGGUCUUCUCGCUCCGUGAAGCCCCUGGUUUCAGGGCGAAGGUGUGUGUUUAUUUUUGUUUGGGGGGGAGGGGGGGUUGGGUACAAAUACACACAGGGUUAGAGAGAGGGAGAUGGCUCGACCGAGGCCGAGAGACUACAAGGCUGGCGAUCUGGUCUUUGCCAAGAUGAAGGGCUACCCGCAGUGGCCGGCGAGGAUCGAUGAGCUCCCAGAGGGAGCAGUGAAACCACCAGCAAAUAAAUAUCCUAUUUUCUUCUUUGGAACUCAUGAGACUGCCUUUCUGGGACCUAAAGACCUUUUACCUUACAAAGAAUAUAAAGAUAAAUUUGGAAAGUCUAACAAGCGAAAAGGUUUCAAUGAAGGUCUGUGGGAGAUCGAAAACAAUCCUGGAGUCAAGUUCACAGGAUAUCAGGCAAUACAGCAACAGAGUUCUUCAGAGACAGAAGGAGAGGGAGGAAAUACAGCAGAUGCCAGUAGUGAAGGUGAAGGGGGUGAAAUAAUAGAUGAGGAAGGAAAAGCUAAAAGCAGAAAUGAAAAAGGAGGCUCCAAACGAAAAAAAGCUACUUUUAAGAAAUCUGCAAAGCAGUUGCGGAAAUCCUCUGAUCAGGAAGGCAAAGAUGAAGGUGAUAAGGAUAUCAAAGAGGAGGAAAGCAAGAGUGGCUCAGAAGCAGGAGAGGCAGAUGGUGAUACAAAAAAUGUCGCUGAACAUCAGAAAAUGAAUGAAGAGACUUUGAUCAUCUGAACUCUGGCCGCUAAACACGGAGGGAGCACUUCUUGGCUGUCAAGUAUUGGAUAUUUUACAAAUGAUCAUUCCUUCUGCCACUGUCGACAUCAAUUUGCAGUUUGUGCAGGCUUUUCUUCAUUGUGCUACUGAUUAUAGUUUUGCGCACAUGCCAGUCAGUAAAAACAAACAGAAAAUGUCUUUUAUUUUGUAUUCCCCUCCCUUGUGGAAUGUUGUGAGCAACAUUCUACCUCCCAUUUCACAGCACUUCAUUCUUAUAAUCGCCUUGCUGUUCUGUCAUGGAGAAAGGAUAUGAUAUUUAUUUUUGAUGCUUGCUUUAAAUGUGAAAAAUAACUUUUAUUCUCGUGUUCAGCUCAGUUUUAUUCUCCCCUGUGCCAUCUGUUCAUGGGAUUUUUUAAGCAUUUAUUUAGUAUCUUUACACAAAAAAAAUGUCUGUUCUACGGCUGUUCAGAAAUGACUGUCUAGUAGAAUAAAAUUUAUGGAAUGCACAAA